ACUAAAAAUACAGCAGGGGGAGUAUAUAAAACACAAAAUUCUUUUUACAAGAAAUUUAGAGGUAGCCCCUGGCAAUAUGUGGAAAUUACUGAGCAAAGAUGAAAGUAGGCUAUUUAACUUUUCUCACUUUGGCACUUUUUGAAUCUUCCUACCCUCUCUCGUUGCUAUACCACAAGCAAAUGUUAACGUAAGCAAUUACGUAAGCAAUUCUGACCAACUUAUCAUAAUAUGACGAAGAAAAAAAUAACUAGUGUCCAUGAUGACCAAUUGGCUUUAGAGGAAAUUACUAUGCAUGGCUUUUUUUUUUCCCUCCAGUACACAUGACAAAGUCAAUUGAUAGACUUGUUCUUCUCACCCCAAAAAUAACGCCAAAACUAGCUAAUAAAACCCUUACCUUCACUCCCUUUUUAACAAACAAAAAUUCUCUCUCCAACAAAGAGAACACAUAACAUGGAUAUUCCCAUCCCAUCAAAGUCUCUAACCUUCUUCAAAAUUUUUCAAGAAUCAAUCAAGCUUCCCACCAAAAAUAAAACACUCAUCCUCCCAAUCCUCUUCCUCCAUCUCCUCUCCAACUACCUCCUCUACUUCUUCAUUCAUCUCUCUAUUACUCCUCUACUUGAUGAUAUCAUCCUCAAUGCCUUUAGCUUAUCCUUCACCAAUAAUUCCCAAUCCCCAAACUUCUACUAUAAACCCCUUUAUGCUAUCCAAAAGGACACAAGAGAGCUCAUCAUCGUCGAAUAUGUUUUUUUCAUCGUCGCCUCUGCCAUUUCAUGGGCUCUCAAUAUCGCAAUUAUACAUGUACUAUCAUGUACAUAUAAAUCCUAUGAUAAUCCCUUGGCACCUAAAGAUGUACUCUCUAAAGUCAUAAGAACACUUAGAGGACCUAUGAUCACUCAACUAUACAUCACAACCUUCAACUUAGGCUAUCUCUUCCUAAUUAUUCCAAUAAUUUUUGUUCUUGCACUUUAUUACCAUCCUAACUCACCAUUUUUUAUCAUUUCAAGCACAAUCCUAGCUCUUAUGUUUAUACUCAUACUAUCAUAUAUGGCUAUAGUUUGGUAUGUCAGCAUAGUAAUCUCGGUUGUACAAGAGAAUUGCUAUGGCCUUGUGGCAAUUGGAAAGGCGGCAAAGAUCAUUAGAGGCAAGAGGAUGCAAGGAACUCUGAUUGUUUUUAUUGAAAUUUUCGCGAUAACUAUCAUAUACUGGAGUCAUUAUCGCUUGCUGGUAUGUUUUUAUAGCUCAUCAGAAGCAAGAUUAGCUGUCGGGUUUAUCUAUGUUGUUGUGUAUCUGGUGAUGAAUAUGCUGAUAUGGGCAACAAGUACGGUAUUCUACUAUGAGUGCAUGAAGAUGUAUCGAGAGGUUGCAGAGAUUUCGAUGGAUGGUGGAUGUGCUUAUUCUCCUGUGAGUACUACUGGUUUCCCUGAAGAUAAAAUUUCAGCAAAGCUUAUUUCUGAUGAGAGAUGUUAGAUAGUUUUCAUGGUGUGCUUCUAUUGUUAAUUUAAUUGUUGUGGAUGUAAUAGAUGGUAUUGGUGUUUAUUAGUGAAUGCAUACAAAUAAUAUGAAUAAGAUGG